AUGAGGACCUUGUGGGGCUGUUGCGCGUUCCUGCUGCGGCUGUCGCUGAGCCUGGCCGCCUCCAACAAGCUGCUGAAGUACCGGCUGGCCGAGGAAGGGCAGCCGGACAUCAGGAUCGGUAACGUGGCUUCGGACAUCAGCAUCGUGGCCGGCUCGGGCGAGGUGACCUUCAGCCUGGAGUCCGGCUCCGACUUCUUCAAGAUCGACAACAUGACCGGCGAGCUGAGCACCACCGAGCGCCGCAUCGACCGGGAGAAGCUGCCGCAGUGCCAGAUGAUUUUCGACGAGAACGAGUGCUUCAUCGACUUCGAGGUGUCGGUGAUCGGCCCUUCGCAGAGCUGGGUGGAGCUGUUCGAGGGCAGGGUGGUGAUCCUGGACAUCAACGACAACACCCCGACCUUCCCGUCCCCGGUGCUGACCCUGACGGUGGAGGAGAACCGGCCAGUGGGGACCCUCUACCUGCUGCCCACCGCCACCGACCGCGACUUCGGCCGCAAUGGCAUCGAGCGCUACGAGCUGAUCCCGGACGCCGGGGAGAGCCUGUUCGUGUCCGGCCGGCGGGGCAGCGGGGAGAGCGCCCUCUACCCGGGCAAGAGGCGGAUGGAGAGUGACGGCAGGAGCAGCGUGUUCGAGCUGCAGGUAGCCGACACCUCGGACGGGGAGAAGCAGCCGCAGCUCAUCGUCAAGGGGGCCCUGGACCGGGAGCAGCGCGACUCGUACGAGCUGACCCUGCGGGUCCGGGACGGCGGGGAACAGCCCCGCUCCUCGCAGUCCAUCCUCCGGGUCCUCAUCACCGACGUCAACGACAACAGCCCCCGCUUCGAGAAGAGCGUGUACGAGGCCGACCUGGCGGAGAAUAGCGCCCCCGGGACCCCCAUCCUGCAGCUCAAGGCCACCGACUACGACGUCGGGGUGAACGGGCAGAUCGAGUACGUCUUCGGCGCGGCCACUGAGUCGGUGAGGCGGCUGCUCCGAUUGGACGAGAACUCGGGCUGGCUCAGCGUCAUGCACAGGAUAGACCGCGAGGAGGUCAACCAGCUCCGCUUCACCGUCAUGGCCCGGGACCGCGGCCAGCCCCCGAAGACCGACAAGGCCACCGUCAUCCUCAACAUCAAGGACGAGAACGACAACGUGCCCCUCAUAGACAUCAGGAAGAUCGGCCGGAUCCCGGUGAAGGACGGCAUGGCCAGCGUGGCCGAGGACGUCCUGGUGGACACCCCCAUCGCCCUGGUGCAGGUGUCCGAUAGGGACCAGGGCGAGAACGGAGUGGUCACCUGCACCGUGGUCGGAGAUGUCCCCUUCCAGCUCAAACCGGCCAGUGACAGCGAGGGCGAGCAGAACAAGAAGAAGUACUUCCUGCACACCUCGGCCCCCCUGGACUACGAGAACGUCAAGGAGUACAAUGUCAUCAUCGUAGCCGUGGACUCCGGCAGCCCCAGCCUGUCCAGCAACAACUCCUUACUGGUCAAGGUGGUGGACACCAACGACAACCCUCCCGUCUUCAGCCAGCCGGUGGUGGAGGUGGCCUUCCCCGAGAACAACGUGCCCGGCGAGAGGGUGGCCACCGUCAUCGCCACCGACGCCGACAGCGGCAAGAACGCCGAGAUCGCCUACUCCCUGGAGCAGUCGGUGGCCGGGGUCUUCUCCAUCCACCCCGACUCCGGGGACAUCACGGCCAACAUCGUCCUGGACCGGGAGAUGACCGACAGGUACGACUUCAAAGUGGUGGCCAAGGACAAGGGGCUGCCCAUCACCAUGCAAGGCACCGCCACCGUGGUGGUCCAAGUGGCCGACACCAACGACAACGACCCCAAGUUCAUGCAGGACAUCUUCAACUUCUACGUCAAGGAGAACCUACAGCCCAACAGCCCCGUGGGGAUGGUGACCGUGAUGGAUGCCGACAAAGGUCGCAAUGCAGAGAUGAGUUUGUUCAUAGAGGAGGACAAUGGCAUCUUCACCAUAGAGAACACCACCGGCACCAUCUGCUCCACCGUCUCCUUCGACAUGGAGCAGCAAACUUCUUACACUUUCAAAGUCAAAGCCGUGGAUGGUGGGGUCUCUCCCAGGUCUGCUACAGCCACAGUGUCCCUCUUUGUCAUGGAUGAAAACGACAAUGCCCCCAUCAUCACCAGCCCCAUCAACAGUUCCUAUGCUGUGGUCCCCCCUUCCAGUGGUGUCAGGACAGUGGUUGCCACAGUGGUGGCCAUGGACACUGACUCUGGAGUCAAUAAAGAACUCAACUUUAGCAUCAUUGGAGGAAAUCCCUUUAAGCUCUUCGAAAUCAACCCAGCCAGUGGUGUGGUGUCUCUGGUUGGGAAGCUGGCCUCCAAGCACUAUGGCCUGCACCGCCUAGUCAUCCAGGUCAAUGACAGUGGUCAACCACCACAGUCCACCACAGCCCUUGUCCAUGUUUUUAUCAAUGAGACUGUCUAUAAUGCUUCAGUGGUGGAUUCUCAGAUUGCCAGAAGUUUGCAUACCCCCUUAACCCAGGACAUAGCAGGGGACCCCAGCUACGAAAUGAGCAAGCAGAGAUUAAGCAUAGUGAUUGGCGUGGUGGCUGGGAUCAUGACUGUCAUACUGAUUAUUCUGGUGGUGGUCAUGGCACGCUACUGCAGGGCCAAAAGUAACAAUGGCUAUGAAGCUGGCAAGAAAGAUCACGAGGACUUCUUCACACCUCAGCAGCAUGACAAAUCCAAAAAACCCAAGAAGGAUAAGAAAAAUAAAAAGUCCAAACAGCCAUUGUAUAGCAGCAUAGUGACAGUGGAGGCAUCAAAGCCAAAUGGGCAGAGAUAUGACAAUGUGAAUGAAAAGCUGUCUGACAGCCCCAGCAUGGGGAGGUACAGAACUGUGAAUGGAGGUCCCGGAAGUCCUGACCUAGCAAGGCAUUACAAAUCUAGUUCCCCACUACCUACUGUGCAGCUUCAUCCCCAGUCACCUACUGCUGGGAAAAAGCACCAGGCUGUGCAAGAUUUACCACCAGCCAACACUUUUGUAGGAGCUGGAGACAACAUCUCAAUUGGAUCAGAUCACUGUUCUGAGUACAGUUGUCAGACCAAUAACAAGUACAGCAAACAG